CUGGCAGUCAAACUAGUUCAGCUCUGACAGCUACGGAGUGUAGAUAAAUCAAAUAUCUUUAAAAUUAGGCAUUGUCUUCGUUUGCCUCUGUUUGGCGCCGGGACAACCAUAGACCAAAUCCGUUUGCUCGGACGCUCGGGCUAAUUCAAAUUCAAGCAACCAAAUUCCGCGAAUUCAUCAAAUUUUGCAAGUACCGCUAUUACCGUAAAUUCCGCUAGUAUCUAUCACAAAAUUCAAGUCAUAAUGUAUCCAAAUCCGAACGCAAACGUGUGCGUGAUGGUGUCGGUGCCCACCGCCCAGCAGGAGGCGGCACAGCAGCAGCGCCAGCACAACAAGCGCUACGCCGAGAACUACAACAACAUCGAGUGCAGCUGCGCCUGCCACAACUGGAGCUCCGUCUACUGCGGCCAGUGCCGGCAGCGGCCGGACAGGAGCCACUCCCUGGAGCUGCCGGGUGUGGAGCGGACAGCGCCACUGGAGAAGGUGCUGCGCCAGAUAGUCGUCCAGCUGCGGGUGGAGCAUGUGUUCUGGUCACAUGAUCUGGGCGGCGGGCAGCUGCAGGCGCGCUUCGAGCUGAAGCAGGACGAGCUCUACGAGCGUCUGCUCUACACGCUGAAGGAGUGGGGCAUCGGCAAACGGCCGGGCACCCAUGUGACGGCCUUCCACUGCCUGGACACGAACGUGCCGUUCGAGGCGGCGGCAAAAUCUCGCGCCUAUGGAUCGGCAGGAGCCGGAUCAGGAGCAGCGGGCGCGCUCGAACCCUACGACGAGGACACGAAUGAGGGCCAGCACGUGGGCUGGCAGAGCUUCGUGGACUCGGUGCGCUGCCGGCUGAACGUGAACCAGGUGGUGCGAAUGGUGCGCCGCGAUGCCACCGUCAACUUUGACUUCGUGGUGCUGCUGAUGGUCGCCGCUCUGCUCUCCUGCGUCGGCCUGGUGGAGAACAGCUUCCUGUACCUAUCCAGCAGCAUGCUCAUCUCGCCGCUGAUGGGCCCGAUCAUAGCGGCGAUAUUCGGCUCGGUGAUCAAUGACCGGGGACUGCGCUGGCUGGGCAUCAAGAACGAGCUGAUCGGCAUUGGCAUCUCCGUGGGCACCGGCUUCCUCUUCGGCUGCGCCGUCUGCCUGUGCGGCAUGAGCCGCUUCUUCAUGCUAUCCACCGGCUUCACCGACGAGAUCAUCUCGCGCUGCGACACCCACUCGCUGGCCAUCGGUUUCUGCACGGCGCUCGUCUCCGGCGCGGCGGCGGCCAUUGGCGUGCUGGGCGGCAAUACUGGUUCGCUGGUGGGCGUGGCCAUAUCGGCAUCCCUGCUGCCGCCGGCCGUCAACGCCGGCCUGCUGUGGGCCAUCGCCCUCUGCACCCGACUGUUCCACAUCGAUCCGGAUCUGCUGCAGAGCCUGUCCAAGCACCGGGACUACUCGACGCACCUGCACGUGGAGCUCUUCGUCUGCGCGACGGUGAGCAUGGCCCUCACGCUGGUCAACGUGCUGUGCGUGUGGGUGAUGGGCGUGGUGGUGCUGCGCAUCAAGGAGGUGGCGCCAGCGGUGCAGCGGGAUCAGCAGUUCUGGCGGCACGAUGUGCGCCUCGCCCGCGAGGUGGCGCUGAACGAUCCGGAGCUGCACAGCGCCAUCGAUCGCCUGGACCUGGACGAGCGGCGGCAUGUGAAUCUGGAUGCCGACCACUACCAGCACACCUGGUCGCCGGGCACGGUGGUGCGGCCGCGCCACCGCUCGGACACGGCUGGCAGCGAGGGCGAGGACAAGGAGUCCAGCCGCACCUAUCACACGGUGCACGGCUUCCAGAACUUCUGCAUGACGCUGCACAAGCGCAGCUCGGAGCCGGCCAAGCGGCGGUCCGGCGUGCUGCCCAGCUUCCUGGACGUGUUCAAGCCACUGGAGUCAACCGAACGCAGCUCAGCUCCGCUAAAAGUAGUCACCCAUCCGCCGCCACCGCCACCACCACCACAGGCAGAGCCAGAGCCAGAGCCUCUGUCCAUACCGACUCAAGCAGCGGGCAGCGACGCCAUCGCCAACUAUCGCAGCCUGCCCGAUCUGCGGGUCGACUGCCCCGACAGCCAGGAGGAAUGCACCCUGGAGCUCUCCGAUCCUGAGCCGCACACCAAGUCGAAGAUCUCGCGCAGCGUACACUGGCACGUGGAGCGCCGUCCGCUGAACGAAAGUCCCGACUCCUGCUCACAGGCCGGCAGCAGCCAGGACUCACAGCGGCGCUUCUCCAUCCGGAUGCUGGUCCCACCACCGCCCGACCGUCGACUGCGUCUGCUGGAGCGCCGCCAGCCCGAGGACAGCGAGGAGAGCGAGUACAAGCACGAGUUCAAUGUUUAGUCCAACUGUACAUCUCUGUGCGUGUGUGUGUGCGUGUGUGUGUGCG